GUCCGCGUUCUGUAGCAACGGCCGAGGAGGAGGAGGAGCCACUGCUCUUGUUGUCGUCGCCGAGAUCCGGCGGCGGCGGCGGCCGUGGAGGAGGGCAGGUGGGUGGCGCCUCCUCCUCCUCCGCCUUUUCCCCUCCCAGCGCGCAAGCAGUUGCCCGUCGCCAGCCCCUCUGAGGGAAGCCUGGCUGGCUGGCUCGGGAGCCGGCGGCGCGGUGCCCCCAGCUGAGGGAGAGCGGCCGGGGGUGGAGGGUCCCGGUCCUGGCCUCCGCCCUCCUUCAGGAGCCCCAGCAGUUGGAUCACUUGACUGAAAAAGGAUUACUUCAGCUGUUAUCAAAGUUGUGCUUAACCUCUGCUUUGAAUGAGCCCUCUUCACACCAUAUCUGGAACAUUCUGGCCUGAAUUCACUUUUUCAUUUUCAAGGGUUCAUGUUGGGAAGAGGUCUGAAACGCAAGCUGAGUGAUUAUGAAGAGAACAUGGCAGGUGUGUCAAGUGCCUUCGAUUCCAGCCGAAACCUGCCAUAUCCACUCAAGAGGCAGCUGGUUCUCAAUGUGUGCCUCACCAAACUACAGACCUACAAGAUGCUGGCAGAGCCAAACCUGCACCGCUCUGUCCUUAUUGCCAACACAGUCAGGCAAAUCCAGGAGGAGAUGAGGCAAGAAAACAGCCAGCAGUUCAUUCAUAUGUGCAGUGGCUUCAGCACCAGCCCUUCCAGUUACCCGGGCUUGGAUUUGUUUGGAAUGCCACCACACAUUUUCCCAGGUGUUCAUCAGCAGGAGUCCAACGGUCAUGAGCCACGGCCUGUGGAAGGCCCAAUUGAAAACAACUUGCUGGUGGUUUCAGAUAAUGACAUGUCAUCUGCCAUUUCAUCUAUUCUGAAAGACUUGGACUUCAUGGAGGACGUGAGCCCACCUUCGUACCUGGCUGGAUCUGGAGAUGAUCAGUUUAAGACUUCUGAAACUUCAGGCUUUCGGUUGGAAGAUGACAGACAAGACUUGAAGGGAGUGGAAUGUGCAUUUGGUUCCUUUGAAAUUUCAAGCUCAACUAGCUACUUGAAAGACUUGGCUAUCGAUGACAUUUUUGAAGAUAUUGACACUUCGAUGUACGAUUCAGACUUUGACUGCCCCUCACUAACUCCUCCAAGAGCAUCGCCUGUGGCAUCCACAGAAGAGAUAUUGAAAACCUUCUCUUCUUGCAAUUCCUCCUCAGCAAGCAACAUCCCAAUAUGUAGAAGUGAUCUCAGUGAUUUGGACCAUAUCAUGGAGAUUCUUGUAGGGUCUUGAUACUUUUUUAAAAUCCAAAGAUACUUUUUCCUGUGCUACCACCCUAUGCUGGUUUGAAGAAAAAGCCACACAGAGAGAGGGAUUGAACUGCAAAGUGUUACGUUGGAAUGGUAGUUAGACAUUAUCCUUAAGUGGUUCUCAAAACCUCUCCAAAACUUAUAUAUAAACCAAAAAAAGUGGCAAGCUGUUAUAUAAAAUGGAGUAUUUAUUAAACCAAUUGUGCAAUUUUUGUAUCCUAGGGUAAAUGCAAGGAAUAUGUCUCUUGCACCUUUCCCUAGUCCCACAAAUCUCACUUUUUUAAAUGUGCAAUUUUUAAUCUGUCCGAAAAAUUUGCAUAACAGUAAUUUCCAUAAGGGGAAAACAUCUUCUAAAGUCUAAUGAUUCUAUUUUUAAUAUAAAAUGAGACGCUUUGUUGACAUUCACUGGAGUUGCAUACCUGGAUUUGCAACCUCAGUAAAUAUAAAUAUAUUUUUAAAGUAUUUAAAGGACUACAGGCCUCUUCCCUUUUGUUGAAGGAGCUUCAAGAUGCCUGGCAGCAAAAUGCCUUGCAUUUUGUAAAGCAUUUGAAACUAUUUAUUUUUGUAAAAUUUUAUAGUCUUUUUACAUUUUACUACAUUGCUCCAUCAUAGUUUAGAGAUAACAAAAGAGGCACGGCAAAGCACUGAUCUGGUUGGACGGAGCUGGCACUACCUCUCUAAGCAGCAAUGCUGUAACUCUUUCCAGUGCUUUGUCUAAAACUGCAGAUUUUUUCUUUUCUUGGAUGGUGUUUGUGGCGGUAUAAACAAGAAACUUCUCAGUGUCAUGGCUGGCUUCGGAAAUUUUAUGGUAUUUAAUUAUACACAUUUACAAAUGUAAUUUAUAUGUAGAUUAUCCAAUUUUAAACUUUGUCAGUAUUAUGUGCUUCAAUUUGGAAGUAAUAUGGGUUUUUUAAAAUUUAGCAUUUACUGUACAGGUAGAACUAUUUUAACUCUUUGGAGAAUAUUGUAUCUCUGCAACACGAUUUCUAGAUUUUAUGUGCAAUAUACAUCACUUAAGCAGAACAUUUUUGCACACCUUGUAUUCUUAAAGAAGUGCAUCAAAUCCAAAUAGCAGGCACCAGUUCAAGAUGCUAGAGGUGUCUGAAGUGUACUGUGUGCACUCUUAUCUCCUGGCAACUUUGUCCUGUAGGAGUAGGGUGGGACAUGUCUAAGAGCACAGCUGUGGCCUAGCAAGAUUCCUUUUUGUGGGAGGAGAGGUGUUGCUUUGUUCAAAAUGCUAAUCAUAGAUUGUAUGCCUUUCAUGAUGGUUUUUACUUUUUUUUUUUUUUUUGCAUGAAAAAUGCUAAUAGUCUGCACUGUGCAAAUCUUAGGAUCACCCUAUCAGAAGUUUAGGAAUUUGCACAGCAGUGAUCCCUACAAAUUGCAGAAGCAUAUUUUGUCAUAUUGUAACAUAGGCCUGCCAUCAGCAUCCAGUAUGCAUGAAUGUGUCAGGACGCAUGCACCCCAGCAAUGCCCAUCAGGACUAAAGCCUCUUCCAGCUUUUCUUUGGUGCCACUGAGCAGGCCUUUCCUGCAGUAGUGUUGUUGAUUGAUUAUGGAAAUUCAUCAGAUAUCUGUACCCACCUCAGUUUCUGCCCACUCCACCCAUUCAUCAUACCUAUCUAAGAACAGAUGGCGUCAAAGUAUCAAAAGCCAAAACCGGCCAUCCUGUUUGUCAUAGCUUCCAGACACAUUUCUAAAGGCAGAGCAGAUUGUAUUAGAAUUGGAAGACAUGCCCCCCCCCACAAUAACUCUCAAAUGUAAUAGAUAAUUCCUAUUACAUUUUUGGGAAACGGAGGCUGGCAGCCCUCUAGCACUGGUUGGAGCUAAGCUGCCACUUGGUUCCAGUAGGAGGUGCCCAACACCACAGGGAAAAGCAGGCCAAAGCAGCACCAGCCAACAUCAGUUCCUUGCCCUGUUGUUCUAACCACACUUGACUUGCUGGAAUCAUUGCUUCUCCCCUUCCCACCCAACUCCCAUUGAUGUUUUCCUAACCCCAGUAUUGAUAUGACAAUGGAAGAAGGUUUGUUCUGAGAGCAUACUGGCUCAACAAUGAUGCAUUUGGGAGAUGAAAGGCUCCAGACUGGGGCAAGAACGUGGUUGUUAGUUAUGGAACAACCAGCAUCACGAUAUGUCCCUAGCAUAAAUGCAUGAGGUAGUUCCACAGGUGAUGUGGAGAAAAUUAUCCAGAUGUGACUCUAUCAGUAACAUUGCUAUUGUCAGCCUUGUUUUCUAUUUAUUUUAACUCUUUCAUUUUAUUGUUCAUGAGGAAUCCAUCAAGCUUCAGAUUUUUUAAUAAUGGAAACAGAACCUUGUUUAAUCUGAAAAUAAUUUAAAUACUCUAUCUUGGGUUCCAAAUAUUGGGCUAUUUAUUUAGUCCUGACUCUACUAAUAAUGGAACCAGAUCCUGCAACUAAUGCAGAAUGAAUCCUGUUUUGUUGCCCUAGUGCACAGCUUGGCAAGCAAAGUGUGUUUACAUGCACAACCCAUGCAAAUAGAUCUAUACCACAGCAGCAGAACCUUCGGCAAAAUGCUGUCCAUCUUUGAUGUAAAGGGAUUUGGGUAUAAAGAAUGUACACAGAUUGUGCAGAAAUGCUUCUUUGUAUGUAUAAAUAUGAAUCUUGAAAAUGGUAAGGGCCUUCUGCACUGUGAUGAAGCAGAAUUAUGGUUAAAAGAAUAUUUUUUAAAAUUUCUGUGAUAAUAAAUAUUUCAUUCUAA